GUUAGGUUACCCCGAAGAAGAUGAGAUCCGGUGGCCAAAACGUAUCCUCUCGUUAGUCGUUACCUUCUCCUACAAAACAAAACAACCUAAAAGCUUGUCCAUCUAAGACUCAAACUCUUUCCCAUGGAUACUCUAUCAUCCUCUGUUUCAACCCUCAAUGUUCCCCCACUCCCAUCAUCAACCUUCACAAAUCGCGAUUUCUAUCGAUUCAAAGCAUCCCCCACCCGUUCCCAACAACAACAACAACAUCAUGUUUUCUCCACUUCCACACCCAAUUUUCUCCCCAAAACCAAAACUUUCUCCCACAAAUCUUCCCCUUCUCUUCCAUUCUCCCCCUCACCCCUCAAACCCAAACCGUCUUCUCCAACUUUCCAUCCAAAUCCCGCUACUGGGUAUGCGGCAGCGCUGGUGGACGUCGCCCACAACAGCAAUUCCCUUCACUUUGUUCACAGCGAUGUUCAGAGGCUCUUGAAAUUGCUGCAGGGUGCCAAGUUUCAGUCACCCGCGGUUGAGCAGGGAAACUUUCACAGGCACGUGGUGGCGUUGCUGAAGAUGCUGCUGAAGAAGAACAAGGUGGGGAUUGUGAAGGAGGUGCUGCAAGAGUUCGAGAGGAUUUACGAUCGGCUUUGUGGGACUCAAAUGGUUUUGGUUUCGUCCAAGACUAAGAUGAGGGAAGAUCAACUGUUUGGGAUUGCAAAGAGCGUGCAUCAAUUGAGUGGGGCUGUGAGAGUCAAGGUAAGGAAUUUGGUUCAAGAGAGUAUGCCCUCUUUUGCUAUGUGAAAUCAAAGUCACCAUUUUCAUUUGAUUUCAUCAAUCAAUCAUAGUUUGUGCUUCUUUUGAUUUCAUGUACGCACGCAUCAAUUUAAUGGGGACUUUAUAUUUAGUUGCGAAAUUUCACUAGAAUUUAUUUUGCCCAUUUACAUGCCAAACGCAAGAGCACUGCUAUUGGAAAAAUAUUGUUCAUACUCUGCAUUAUGCAAAAUGCAACACUAAUACUUUGCAAUUCUAUGCAAAUUACAAUUCGCUAUA